UGCUGCGUCAUGGUGCGCUUCUCACCUGGAGACGCUCUGACGAUCCCGGAAGUGGGCCGGGGGCUUGGCCGCUGCCCGGCCGCUGAGCCGGAGCAGUGACCGAGAGGGCAGGGUGAGGCCCAGCCGACCGCAGUCCCCCGGGCGGAGUCGGUACCGGGAUUCGCAGGAUGCUGAACGUUCCUUCCCAGGCUUUCCCCGCCCCCAGCUCGCAGCAGCGCGCCGCCUCCGGGGGGCGCAGUAAGGUACCUUUAAAGCAAGGCAGAAGUCUUAUGGAUUGGAUUCGACUGACCAAAAGUGGAAAGGAUCUCACAGGAUUGAAAGGAAGAUUAAUUGAAGUAACUGAAGAAGAACUUAUAAAACACAACAAAAAAGAUGAUUGUUGGGUGUGCAUAAGAGGACUUGUUUAUAAUGUUAGUCCAUAUAUGGAAUAUCACCCAGGUGGGGAGGAUGAACUCAUGCGAGCAGCAGGCUCAGAUGGUACAGACCUUUUUGAUCAGGUACAUCGAUGGGUCAAUUAUGAAUCGAUGCUGAAAGAAUGCCUUGUUGGCCGAAUGGCUGUCAAGCCUGUUGCUGUUGUUAAAGAGAAUCAUGAGAAGAAACUUUUAAAUGGCAUACUUCUCAAAAGCCAAGUAUCAGAUUUACCUGCCAAAGAAAUUUCUCCAAGCUAUGAUUGGUUCCAAACAGAAUCCUUAGUCACCGUUGUCAUAUAUACCAAACAGAAGGAUGUGGAUUCAGAGUCUGUAAUAGUUGACUAUCAAGAUGGUUCCUUUAGAGCAGAAGUUGUUAUAAAGGAUCAUUCAUAUCUUCUACAUACUGAGUUGAGCCAUGAAAUUCAAGAAGACAUUACUGUGCGUGUUGCAGAAAAAACGGGUAAAGUAGAGAUUGUUCUGAAGAAAAAAGAUAAUGUCUCUUGGACCUAUCUUGGACAUCCCCUGGAGAAUCAUAAUUCAUUUACUGCAUACAGAGAAACAGGGCUAUACUAUAGAAAGUGCCAGCUGAUUUCCAAGGUGGAUGUUACCCAUGAUACCAAACUUUACUGCAUGAUGUUGCCACCAGCUACUCAUCUUCAGGUGCCCAUUGGGCAACAUGUUUACCUCAAGCAAACUGUUGCAGGUACAGAAAUAGCGAAGCCGUAUACACCUGUAUUAGAGUCCUUAAAUUCAGAUUUACAGGAACCACUUCAUCCUCCUGACAAAUAUAUCUAUUUUAUGAUCAAACUCUAUCACACUGGACACUUCACACCACAUUUUGAUUGUCUUCAAAUAGGAGAUUAUGUUUCUUUGAGUAGUCCUGAGGGCAACUUUAAAAAAUCUCAGCUCCAAGAAUUAGAAGAACUCUUCUUAUUGGCAGCUGGAACAGGCUUCACACCAAUGGUUAAACUAUUGAAUUAUGCUUUGACUAAUAUAACCAGUCUCAGGAAAGUGAAGCUGAUGUUCUUCAACAAGACAGAAGGAGAUAUCCUUUGGAGGAACCAAUUGGAGCAGUUAGCAGACAAGGAGAGAAGAUUUGAAGUUGAAUUUGUUCUCUCAGAACCCACCUGUGAAUGGACAGGCAAACAAGGAAGAAUUUCAUUACCUCUUCUUUCGGAAUUUGUAAAAAGAAGCGUAGAAGACUCUAGAGUGCUCAUCUGCAUUUGUGGGCCAGCACCAUUCACAGAACAAGGGAUAAGAUUGCUGAAGGAUCUUAACUUUUCUCAAGAAGAGAUCCAUGGUUUUACUGCAUACUGAAGAGCUUCUACAGGAUCUUGCCAAAUUUAUGUAGCUGUUUCUGAGUGCUUGGAUUUUUUUAAAAGAUAACUUUUUUUAUAAACAUAAUAGAAGGUGACUACAAGGCCAGUCUUAGAGUUUCUUCAGUGAUAUGCAACCGUCUCUGCAGUAACAUCAUUUGGCAGACUCCAUCUUGGCAUCUCGACUAUUUUACUACUACUGUUGGCUUUUCAUCUGAGUAGUUCAUCUUGGAGACAGUAUAUAUGACUCUAGAUGGAAAAUGUUACAGAAUCACUUUUAAAUGAUUCACUGUUCUACUGUAAGCCCCUGUUAUAAGUAUUUUAUGAUUCAUUAUGUGAUAAAUGGUCACUUUGAUCACAUUUCUAUGCUGUAAAAUGUCUUCUUAGCAAUACAGUCUGAAUUUUACAUUGCACUGUUAACUCAGGAAAUGAUCAUUUAGGUUCUUGUUAUUAGUAUUAAACCAUGGAAUGUUACGACUUAUUAAAUGAUCCAAACAACAUUUUUAUGUAUAUGACAUUGAUACAAAGUAGAAUAAAAUUAUAUGUAGGUAUUUUUUUAAUCCUUGUUGGAAAUAUGAUGAAUGUAGCAAGGUUGGACCUCCACCUCUAAAAUCCAGUGUUCCUCUGUGUAUAACUUUAGAGCUGGAAAGGACCCUACAGGUACUCAGAUCCAACCUUUUCAUUUUAUAGAUGAGGAAACUGAGACCCAGAGAAGUUAGAAGUAAAUCAUUUACCCAGGGUCACAAAGCUAGUUGGUAUAUGGCAGCUGGGACUUAGAACACAGUGUCCCAAUCCCCAGUUGAAUGCUGUAGCAUCUAAUAAGAAUUCAGGGAGAGAGAACAAUUUGGAAUUUUGUCUAAACCUGCAUGAAAAUACUUGGUUGCAUGAAGGAAAAUAACCCAAGAUAAAUGAUAGUAAAAAGUCAGGUGUCACUUCUUUAACCAAAAUCAAAUGAAAAAUCUGGGCAUGUCAUUGCAGAGAAUGUAAGUGACUGUAUCAGCCAGGAGAAAGUAUUUGAAAGGUUGUUCCAUUGGGAGAGGGAGGAGAUAGAAGGAAGCAGGAGGGAAUGCAGACUAGGAGUGAGUUAAAUUCUACUACUUUAUUUCCAGACUAUUUGUCUGGUUUUAUAAGGAACAUUGUGUAACUACUUUGUUCUUUGCUUGUCGUUCUUCCCUCACCUAACUGGGGAAAUUUCCUGAGUGGGUGUAUUGACAGUUUAUUCUUCUUCACCAGUAUUAUAGACCUUCACCUUGCUUCCAUGGAGAAGCAUGCAGAAAAGGGCUGGCAAGAUAGCUAAAAUGAAGUGCACAUGGAUGGGUGGUUUUAUUUAAUGCUAAGUGAUGAGGUCAGACGGCUGAAGUGACUUGGAUUUUUAAGUUGAGCUUAAUAGAAUAUCAUCAUAUUGGGCAUUGUUUCCAUAGAGGUAAGGUAAAGUAGGAUCCAAAUUUAUUUUAUAAAAUUUUAUAACUAGAUAACUGGUCCUGUGACCAGAAACCAUACCUCAUCCUCCCAAUCCUGAUUGAAAAACCCUAAAUUGAGUAGGGACAGAAAUGAAUGGGAUUCUAAAUUCUAUUACCAAACCUGCCUCUAACUAGCUGUAUGACACAUGACUUAAAUGUCUUUGAACCUUAUUUUUCCUCAUCUAUAAAAUCGGUUUAUUUUUAAGGCCUCUUCCAGCUCUAAACUUUUGAGUUCAAAUCUUCUAAAGCCCUUAAAAGUAUUCUGCACUUCAGAAUGUCCAGAAGUCUUCCUCUACCUCUUUGUGCCCUUCUAACUAAACUGAUUUUCCCCAAUAAAGCAGUUAAUUAAACACCAGCAUUCACGAUAAAUAGUUAUUCAUUUGUGUUUUCUCUGUAUUGGGACUGGAACAGUUUUCAUCCCAAAUGUACAUUCCAUCUACGUUACGGGGUUACGUAGGCUAGCCUUGGAACCUAACCACCUCAUCCUUGACCUUUGUGCAAAUUGUGACAUUGACAUCUCAUCCUAUAUAUCCCUUGACUUCCAUGAUAUGAAUCCCUCCUAGUUCUCCUCUUACCUUUCUGCUCCUCAGAUUCCUUUGAGUCUCUUCUUCCCAUGACCUAAGUAUGGGUAUCCCUGAUGGUUCUAUCCUAUUUCUUUUCUCUAUAUAUUCCCUCCUUUGGUUGUCUCAGAUACUCCUGUAGCUCCCUAACCUCUUCACGGGUGACUCACAAAUCCCAAUCCCUCCCGUGUUGGACAUAACUUGGCUUUCUCACAGACAGUGUAAAUCUGACAUGUCCAAAAAGUGAAUUGAGAGGCUGCUAGGUCACACAAUGGAUUGUGUACUGAGCCUGGAGUAAGGAAGACCUGAAUUCAUAUCUGGCCUUCUGAAACUUCCCAGCUAGGUGACCUUGGGCAUGUCACUAAACCUCUGUCUGCCUCACUUGCCUCAACUUGAAAAUGGGGAUAAUAAUAGCACCUCCUCAUCUACCUCCCAGAGUUAUUACACUCUCCCCAUCCUAAACCCAGCCACAUCUAACUUCUAUAUUUCCGUUGGUGGCACCAUCAUCCCUUCAGUCACCAAAGUGUGAAACCUAGGAGACAGCUUUCACUCACCCUUUUCUGUCAUCCCCCCACAUCCAGUCAGUUAAGAAAUCCUAUUGAUUGCACCAUGGUAAUAGCUGUCCCAUAGAUUUCUUAUCAGCCUCACACUGCCACUACUGUAGCUCAGGUCUUCAUCAUCUCUUUUCUAUACCAUUAAGAGCUUCCUUCUUCUAGUCUCUCUCCUCUCUAAUUCUUCCUUCACACAGGUUUCCAAAUAUCCUUAUAAUAUAGUUCUCUGAGCAUAUCACAUCACAGAUAUGUCAAGGAUUUAGAUUUCCUUGGCGGAGGGAGUUCUUUCACAGCCCAUCUUAUAACUUAGUUGCCUGGAGCUCAAAGAGAUUCAACGACUUGCCCAUGACAACUAAGAGUCAGAGGCAAGGGCAGCUAGGUGGCGCAGUGGAUAAAGCACUGGCCCUGGAUUCAGGAGUACUUGAGUUCAAAUUCGGCCUCAGACACUUGGCACUUACUAGCUGUGUGACCCUGGGCAAGUCACUUAACCCCCAUUGUCCCACAAAAAACAAACAAAAAAACUAAAAAAAAAAAAAGUCAGAGGCAAGAUCUGAACCAGGACUUCCUUUCUUUCAGUCACUUCCCUUCUCCCUGUUUCCUUCACAGUAAAGUACAAAGUCCCAAGCCUGGCUUUUAAGGGCCUUACUCUGGCUCCAGCCUUAUUGCAUUCUCUUUCCUUUUAUGCAAUCUGUAUUCCAGAUAAACUAGAUAUUCCCACAUAUAAUCCUUUCUAUUCCCUGACCUUAUCAUGCACCUUCUCUCAUUUCUGCAUUUAUACUGAUUAUUACCCAUUCUUAAGACACAUUGCCUUCUCACUUCUGACUCUUGAAUUUGUUCUCUUCCUUCAGGGUGCAUGGUCCCAGGUGCCAACUCUUCCAAGAAACCUUCCCAGAGCUUUCCAGUUAGAAGGAAUCUCACCCUUCUCAAAUUUUCCUAUAAAGUUUCCCUCAUCACUUCCUAACUUGUUACAUAUUUAUGUACAGAUCACAUUUCCCCAUUAGAUUGUAAACCCCAUGAGGGCAGGAAUUAUGUUGGGUUUUAAAAAAUCUCUGUAUUGGCACUCAGCACAGUGCCUGGCACAUAGUAGGUGCUUAAUAAAUGUUGGCUGAAGUGAAUUUGAAUUUAGACAUUGUUUUUUCCUCUACACACAUAAACUUUAGGACACAACUCUGUGGAACAUCACACCAUUUGGAAAAAGAAGAAAGAAUAUUUCCAGAGGGCAGUGGAAAUGUCUCUUGUGAAAACAGAUAAAUCUUAAAAGUUCCAUGUAUUUUCCUGAAAUGUGUUUCUUUUGGUAAUUUUAAUCAGAUUAAAGGGAGAAAAAUGCCUA